AUGGGAGACAUGGGAGAUCCGCCGAAAAAGAAGCGGCUUGUGUCUCUGUGCGUGGGCUGCGGGAACCAGAUCCACGACCAGUACAUCUUGCGGGUGUCCCCGGACCUCGAGUGGCACGCCGCCUGUCUGAAAUGCGCCGAGUGCAGCCAGUACCUGGACGAGUCGUGCACGUGCUUCGUGAGGGACGGAAAGACUUACUGUAAACGGGACUACAUCAGGUUAUACGGGAUUAAAUGUGCUAAAUGCAACAUCGGUUUCAGCAAGAACGACUUCGUGAUGCGGGCCCGGUCUAAGGUCUACCACAUCGAGUGUUUCCGAUGCGUGGCCUGCAGCCGGCAGCUCAUCCCGGGCGAUGAGUUCGCUCUGCGGGAAGACGGGCUCUUCUGCCGAGCCGAUCACGACGUGGUGGAGCGGGCCAGCCUGGGCCCCGGAGACCCGCUCAGCCCGCUGCACCCCGCCAGACCGCUGCAGAUGGCAGCAGAACCAAUCUCGGCCCGGCAGCCUGCGCUGCGGCCUCACGUCCACAAACAGCCGGAGAAGACCACCCGGGUCCGAACGGUGCUGAAUGAGAAGCAGCUGCACACGCUGCGGACCUGCUACAACGCCAACCCGAGGCCCGACGCCCUCAUGAAGGAGCAGCUGGUGGAGAUGACCGGCCUCAGCCCGAGAGUGAUCCGGGUUUGGUUCCAGAACAAGCGGUGCAAGGACAAAAAGAGAAGCCUGCUGAUGAAGCAGCUGCAGCAGCAGCAGCCCAACGACAAGACGAACAUCCAGGGAAUGACGGGAACCCCGAUGGUGGCAGCCAGUCCGGAGCGGCACGACGGCGGCAUCCAGGCCAACCCGGUGGAGGUUCAGAGCUACCAGCCGCCCUGGAAGGUCCUCAGCGACUUCGCCCUGCAGAGCGACAUCGACCAGCCGGCCUUCCAGCAAUUGGUGAGCUUCUCGGAGGGAGGACCAGGGUCGAACUCGACAGGCAGCGAGGUAGCGUCCAUGUCGUCUCAGCUUCCAGACACGCCGAACAGCAUGGUAUCCAGUCCCAUCGAGGCCUGAGCAGACUGAACUGAACUCACAGCCCUGUUCAUCCCAUUCCUCCCGACUGCACCAAACAACCCCCCUGGUUGUAUUUUGACACUGUGAAGACAAUCAUGGGAUUUUACCACAGCCACCCAUUCUAGUUUCUAUCCAGAAGAGACGGGCGGAUGCGUCGUCGUGGCCGCUGCUGUCCGGCCACACGCCUGCUUACAGUUGCCAAAAAAGAAAAGACAUCAACCAUCGAUAAAUGGGACCUCUGUAGGAGAGAAAUCUAAAUCCUGUAUUUGCGAAAUGCUGUGCGCUACUUUGAAUAAA